CUAACCCCUAUUGGUAGAUUCGUGUACCAACAACAACGCAGGUUUCCGGGUGCACAGCAUCACCGAAACUGUGUAUCUAAGUUGUUAGCUUUAUAACUAACUGUCAGACAAGCACAAUGGGUAUUACAAAACUGGCAGAUUUGAUUCGUAGCGAUGCACCAGGUGCUAUUUCUUACAAAGAGAUCUGCGACUACACAGGAAAGGUCGUUGCGUUGGACACCUUCAUUGUUCUGAACCAGUUCCGCACUGCAGUACCAAAUCUUCAGUUUCWGGGUCCCUUGACAGGUUUGUUCUUUCGAACGCUAACCUUCCUGGAGCAUGACAUCAAACCAUUGUUUGUGUUCGAUGGGAAGCCUCCUGGCGAGAAAAGMGCUGUGUUGGAGAAGAGGGCACAGGCUGCAGGCUGGAGCUCCCCCAGUCGUUCAGGAGCAGUGUCCCCUCAGACACGGGACUGUCUCCAKCUUCUGAAGCUUAUGGGUGUGCCCAUCAUCCAGGCUCCAGGAGAUGGCGAGGCCCUAUGUGCCCACCUGGUGAAACAGGGCGUAGUAGACGCGGUAGCAUCAGAAGACAUGGACACUCUGCCCUUUGGUGGAAACAUCCUGAUCCGCCAGCUCAAUGCCAAGAAAAACAGCGAAGUCAUUGAGUACUCUCUGCCCAAGCUGCUAGACAUUUUGAAGAUAACACAUGAAGAGUUUGUGGACCUGUGUAUCUUGUUGGGCUGUGACUACUGUGACAAAAUCACAGGCCUUGGACCUAAGAGAGCUCUGACUCUGAUCCAGCAGCACCGGAACAUAGAGAACGUUGUGCUGAACAUCAACAGAAAGACCCACCCUGUCCCASUGUUCUGGCAGUAUCAGGAUGCCCGCAAGCUGUUUUUGGAUGCCCCCCUGACCGAGCUCCCGAACCUGGUCUGGACUGAGCCAGAUGAGGAGGCCCUGGUCCACUUUCUGUGCCACGAGAAACACGUCAAGGAGCAAAGGGUACGAGGUCGAAUGCAGAAGUUCAGUGAGAAGCGUGAACGCCUGAGGAAGGAGAGGGAGGAGGACAAGGCAGCAGGACAGAGCCGACAAACUCGCAUGGAGGACUUCUUCCGUGUUACACGGAAAAGGCAACAGCCGUCGUCUGAAACUGGGGAUUCCAUUGGCACCAAAGAAAAGAGAGUGAGGUCAAAGUGACACUGCCCUCCGACGGAGUCUGGUGGUACUGCAAAUGCAUCCUUACCAACCAGCUGCCUGACAGUUAAAAGGAUGUGCUUGUUCAUGAGGGUCUACCUGAGAAAGGAGCUGUGCAGGUCAACUGAUCCAUACAUUUCUUUAACUUCCUAACGAUUGAGCAUAAACCAAUUCUUAUUAUGUAAAGAUUUGUGACAGCGACUARCUCGGGGUCAUGUUCAUUAGGCACCGCCUUGAAACGGGCCGACUACCUGGGCAUAUCCAAUAAGUAAUGCUCAUAUUCGUUUUCCGUUUUAAAACGUUGUGCCCUAAUGAACAUGACCCAGGCCAACUCCUAGGGAGCGAGUAAACAGGAUGAGCAGAGGCGGAGACUCAUUGGCGAGAACAGUGCAACCACUGUCUGUGGGGCCUUGGCUUGCUUGUUCCCUCAUCCAAAACAGGAGCCGAUUGAUUUCUAUGGAGGGAGGUCAGAUGGGCUCAUGGCUUAUUUGGUGGACACCUGCUACCCUCAACAGUGCCAAAUUUGAGGCAAAUUACUUUCUUAUCUUGAUAAACAUGAUCAUGUCAAAGUAGAUACCAAAAUAUGAUAAUCUCUUGUAUCAGUGUUGUUACACAAGAUGUCAGUAUGAUGGUAUUUACUAUUAAACUUUUAUUCAUCAAUAUAA